UCUUUUAUUUCAUUAAUAUACUCUAUGUCUUCUUUUCAACCAUUCUCAAUUUAAAGAGUAAAGUAAACUUUAAAAUUGUUUGAAGUAAAAACGUGAAAAAUUUGUAAAUUAAAAAUACAUACUCAUUAAUAAUUGUGACCUAAAUCAUGGAUUACAAUUACGAACAAACUAGUGAAGUGGAAGCAUUAGAUUCUAUUUAUUUCGGCGAUAUGGCAGUGAUAGAAACAAAACCAUUUCACAAAUUUAGUAUACCUAUAAAGUCAGAGGGGUUUGAUGAUGGAGAGGGGUUGGCCUGCCAUCUAGUAUUUACUUACACAUCAAAGUAUCCUGAUGAAUUACCCAUUAUUGAAAUUGACAAUGAGGAGAAUUUCGACAAUAUUGUUGAUAAAGAGGAACUUCUCACACAUCUUGCUGAACAGGGUAAAGAAAACUUGGGAAUGGUCAUGGUAUUCACAUUAGUGUCAGCUGGACAAGAGUGGCUUAAUGAGACUUGGGAUAAAGUUAAGAAAGAGCGUGAAGAAAGGAUACUAGCCAAACAAAAGGCAGAUGAAGAGGCAGAACUGAAAAGGUUUGAAGGCACUAGAGUCACAGUAGAGUCAUUUUUGGCAUGGAGGAAACAGUUUGAGAUUGACAUGGGAAUCCCAGCUAAGAGGGAACGAGAAGCAAAAGAUAAGAACAAACUGACUGGAAGAGAACUAUUCCUUCAGGAUACAACACUCAAUGAAUCGGAUCUCAAAUUCUUGGAUGAUGGUGCAUUGUUCUUCCUUUUAUGUCUGACACAACCCUCAAAUUCUCAGAAAAUGGAUGGCCACAUUAAAUGGACAAACCCACUCGGUUUUGAAGUAAAAAGGCAUGAUAUCAAUCUCACAGAAGAGAUGCAGUAAAAGUGGAUGAGUCUUUAUUCCAGAACCUGGAUGAUUUGGAACUCACCGAUGAGGAUGAUGGUGACUAUGAACCUUCACAAAGUGGUAGUGAUAGUGAUUAGUGAAAGAACGACGGAAACUGACUUUGAAGCACAGUAUAAAGGCGACUGAAUCACCACAGACUAAUUGUGAAUCAAUGCUUAUAAGACUGGUUUGUUAUGUUGAAUUUUGUAAACAAGUCUAUGCAAUUGUUGUAUUGUAAGAAAUGUAAUAUAAUUUUGCCGCUAUUUUUUCUUUGUAACCAUCAGAUCUGACAAUACCAAAUCAAAUAGUUCAAAUACUCAUAUAGAGCAGAAAAUAUCCUUUUUCUUUUUUUUUCUGAUUCACUAUUUGUGCAAAACAAUGCUGAUGGUUGUUAAAUGAA